AUGCUGUGUCCCGAAGGAGCUCAAUUUCAAAAUGAGAACUCUAUGAAAAAUGAAGAAGAUUCUUGUAAUAAGAAAAGCAAUAUACCAAAUGAAGGCACAGGAAACUUAGAAUUAAAAUCGUACAAAACGACUAAAAGCUGGAAAAAAUCUAUUACAAAUUUUUUUCGUAAUCAACUGCGAUCUACUAAGUCAAAUGAUGGAGAUUUACCUUCGGGGAGUAAAGAAAAAUUCGAGGAAAAAGAGAUAGCUCCGGAACAAAAAUGGCAAUCUUUGGGUAAGGUGUUUAGACGUCAAAGUUUUGCAGAGCACUGGCAGAAAUCACCUUCGCAGCAAGGAGAAAAUUCUGCUCAAAACAAGCGUCAUGCUGUUCGCAAAGUGCUUUCCAGUUAUUUUGGAAAGUCUGAAAAAUGUAAAUCUGAAACAAAUGAAAAUUAA